UCGGAGCAAAAGCGGCAGAAGAAUCCAAAGCGUUGAUUACUUCAUAUGGUCUUACAUCGAUUCAUCCAGAGAUACCACAUAAAUUUAGUGCAGAAAUUGACAAGUUUCAUUUUCACCCUGUGUCCUGUGACGUGAUUCGUAAAAUUGUGUGUUCUUUUCCAUCCAAUAAGUCCCCUGGACCAGAUAAAGUUUCUGUGAAAGUGAUCAAAGAUGCCUUACCAUACAUUCUUCAACCUCUUACGGAUAUUGUUAACUGCUCUUUAAGAAAAUCUUUGUUUCCCAGCGCCUGGAAGUUGUCAGAAGUUAUUCCCCUAUUAAAAGAAGGGGAUCACGAAAUUGCUAAAAAUAAUCGGCCAAUUUCCUUGCUACUUGCUGCAUCAAAGAUCUGCGAGCGUGUAGUUUUGGAACAAUUUACCGCAUAUGUGGAACAGAAGAAAUGCUUAAGCGUACACCAAAGUGGAAACAGGAAGCUGCACUCCACUGAAACAUUGAAUUUAUUUAUAUUGGAUAAGAUCUUAAAGUUUAUGGACGACAAGGAGGUCGUAGCUGUAAUUCUACUAGACCUUUCUAAAGCAUUUGACAGUAUCGAUCAUGUAUUGCUUCUAAAAAAGCUCCAAGUAUUGGGAGUGUCCGAUGACGCUUUAUGUUGGUUUAAGAGUUACUUGACAGGACGACAGCAGGUUGUGCGCAUUGGAUCGACUGUCUCUGAAACACGCACACUCAAUCAUGGCGUUCCGCAGGGCUCAAUUCUCGGUCCCAUGUUAUUCAACAUAUAUAUUAAUGAUUUACCUAUGGUACCAAAGAAUGGUAAUUUGAAGUCUUACGUCGACGACUCGAAGCUACUUUUGUCAUUUUCCGUCAAUGAAGUGAACUCAGCGGCUGCUAAGCUUAACGAAGAUCUACGGAGAGUCGUUUCUUGGUGUUCUCUAAAUAGUCUGCUUAUUAAUCCCAAUAAGACGAAAUUACUUGUGUUCGCAACUCGUUAUAUGUUGAAACAGAUACCGGCAGAUUUCCAUAUUUUACUAUUGGGGAAAAAACUGUUUCCUGUGACCUCAGCCACUGAUCUAGGCGUGACACUGGAUAGUGGUUUGACGUACGAUGAACACGUCACAAAACUGGUUUCCUCUUGUGUCGGUAGCCUGUGUCAAAUUAAUAGAGCAAGGCACCUUUUUGAUAUGAAGACGUUAAUUCUUUUAAUAAACGCGUUGGUUUUUAGUAAACUCUAUUACUGUUCAACCAUAUGGUCUAAUUCAUCGAAGAAAAACAUUGCAAAAUUGCAAUAA